UUGGAACGUAGGACCAGUUUCUAUCUGAAACUUUCAAAAAGUCUGCAAGUGUAUGAUGUCUAGUUAAAAAAAAUCUGUUCAGAUUUUAAAAGUCUUGGAGUGUAUUCCAGCCAUUAGUAGCUACUGAAAAAAGCAAGAGCGCUUUAAGGGCGUUCACCAAUGAGAUCAAGCUAUUUCGUUCUCUGCACGCUGACUGCUCAGCUCCUCUUUAUAAGUUCACUAGCUGGUUGAUUUCUCACUUCUGAUUUUACUCUUACCGCUACUAAAACUGCAUGGAUAGUAAUCUUACUCACAAACACACCAUUGUAAGAUCAGUGUCAAAACGGAUUCAGCUUGUAGGUUGCCAUGCCACCGACUAAAAAGUAUGAUGAGAAGCCAGAACCAGGAGACCUCAUUGAAAUCUUCAGAGGUGGUUACCAGCAUUGGGCUAUCUAUGUUGGGGAUGGUUUUGUGAUUCACCUGGCCCCGCCUUCAGAGUAUGCUAACGCUGGGUCUUACAGUAUGAUGUCAGUCACGUGUGACAGAGCCUUAGUGAAGAAGGAAGAAAUGUGGGAUGUUGUAGGCUCAGACGAGUACCGUAUCAACAACCUUCUAGAUGACAAAUAUGAGCCUCGAGAUAUUAGAGAUAUCCUACGGGAUGCACAGAGUCUUGUGGGCAGAAGACGUCCAUACAGUGUGGUCGGGUGUAAUUGUGAGCACUUUGUCACAGAGCUGAGAUAUGGAAAGCCAGAGUCCCGCCAGGUACGAUCAGCGGUGGAGAUUACUGUUGCAGCUGGUCUUGCAAUGGGUGCCAUUGGAGCAAUUGCUUAUGCUGCUGGAUGUUUUGGCUCAAGAGACCAUGAGAAGCAUACAAAAUAAACACUUCGACAUGCACAACCGAGGCCUUUUUCAUAUUUCAUAUCGGUAAAGUUUUUAAUGUAAUGAAUGUCAUUUAAAACAUUGAUUUUCAACAAUGUAUUUCACCAUUAAU